CACCAUUUUUCUCAUUCUCAUUUUCUUCUCAUUCCAAGAAAUCAAAGCCCUUUUUCCUUCUCCCCAAAGAGAAAAGAAAAGGACAAAGAUCAGAAGAAAAAUGAGCGUGAUCGACAUUCUGUUCAGGGUUGAUUCCAUUUGCAAGAAGUAUGACAAAUACGACGUCGAGAAGCUGCGCUCCGAAAACGCCUCCUCCGAUGAUGCCUUUGCCCGCCUCUAUGCCGCCUUUGAAUCCCAAGUUGAAGCCACUCUCCGGAAGUCGGAGGUGGCGGCGGUUGAGACAAAUAGGGCUGCUGCGGUGGCGAUGAAUGCGGAGGUGCGGCGGACGAAGGCUAGGCUCAUGGAAGAGUUGCCUAAGUUGCAGAAACUUGCUCAGAAAAAGGUGAAAGGGCUUACCAAAGAAGAACUGGAAGCUCGUGUUGAGCUGGUUCUUGCACUUCCAGAGAGAAUUCAAGCCAUACCAGAUAGCACAACAGCGGGACCCAAGGGCUGGGAAGUUUCAUCAUCUCAUAAAAACAUAAAGCUCGACUCUGAUGGUAACUUUGAUGAUGAGUUCUUUCAACAAAGCGAAGAAUCAAGUCAAUUUAGGCAAGAGUUUGAGAUGCGGAAAAUGAAGCAGGAUCAAGGUUUGGACAUAAUAUCCGAGGGUCUAGAUGUAUUAAAGAAUUUGGCAAAGGAUAUGAAUGAGGAACUGGAUAGGCAGGUGCCCUUAAUGGAUGAAAUUGAGGAGAAGGUGGAUAAAAAUGCAAGUGACCUGAGAAAUACUAAUGUUAGACUGAAGGAAACAGUUAACAGGGUGAGGUCCAGUCGGAACUUCUGCAUUGAUAUCACUCUGAUGUGUAUUCUUCUCGGAAUUGCAUUCUACUUAUACAAUGUGCUUACCUGAGUGCUUCCAAAGAUUCGACGUGUUAGCUGGAUUUCGUGAUCUCGGGUUUGCUCCUUCACAUGUAUGUUUAGUGUGUCAAUCUUUAUCCUUUGGUUUAUCCCAAAUUUAGCAGGCACCUUUGUCAAAACUGGCUCAAUUGAGCUUGGACUUUUACUGUUGGUGGAUGAAAUAGUACAAUUGCUUUCUUAUCCUCAAUGAAAAAUUCUCUAUUAAUUCAUUUCCUUCA